UUGUGGCAAAGUUCUCAACAAUCUCUAACGUACCCGGUGGUUCUCUUGUUAGGCUCGCUAAUUAUUGAUCCUGCCAGGGGUAACAUGCAAGGAACCUGAUUGUUGUUGUCAAUUAGCUAUUUUGACAGCUAAGCCCAUCAACUGUAGUGGAGACAACCAGUUGUCAAGUCUGAACUCUUGUGCUUGUCCAUGAGGCCACCCCAUGCAGGUUCCCGGGAGAAGAAAUGCAUUGAUGAUAUGAUUUUUCAGGGACGUCAUUGAGAGCACAGGAACACCCACUUGUGUACAGACGUGUCAAAGAUUAAAUGGGUGCAAAGCUGUUUUGCUGGCCACAGGGUUCUCCUGGCAUUGCCAUGAUGCUGAGAGCCCUACUCCUUACAGGCCUUCUUAGCUGGGCCAAUGGCCAGGAAGGUCAGGCCAUGUUACCCGAAGAAAAGAGCCAAAUCAGGGACCAGAUCGUUGAGAUGUUCGAUCAUGCCUAUGGUAGCUAUAUGAAAUAUGCGUACCCAGCGGACGAGCUGAUGCCCCUGAGCUGCAGGGGGAGGGUGCGUGGUCUGGAGCCCAACAGGGGAGACAUCGACGACUCUCUGGGGAAGUUCUCCCUCACUCUGAUUGACACCCUGGAUACUCUGGUGGUGUUGAACAAGCUGGACGAGUUUGAGGAUGCAGUGAGGAGGACAUUGAGGGAUGUCAGGCUGGACAACGAUGUGGUGGUGUCUGUGUUUGAGACCAACAUCCGAGUCCUGGGGGGCCUGCUGGGGGCGCAUACGAUGGCGGACAUGCUCCGUCAGCGGGGGGAGAGGAUGCAGUGGUACGGAGAUGAGCUGCUCCACAUGGCCAAGGAGCUGGGCCACAGACUGCUGCCUGCCUUCAACACUACCAGUGGCCUUCCCUACCCCAGGGUAAACCUGAGGUACGGGGUCCUUAAUCCUCUGUCACGCACAGGCACUGAGUCGGACACCUGUACAGCCUGUGCAGGGACCAUGAUUCUAGAGUUUGCUGCUCUCAGUCGGCUGUCUGGGGAGGCCGUGUUCGAGGAGAAUGCUAGGAAAGCACUGGACGUCCUGUGGGAGAAGAGACAGAGAGGAAGUGACCUCGUGGGCACAGUCAUUAAUAUCCACAAUGGUGACUGGGUCCGCAGGGACAGUGGUGUGGGUGCUGGCAUUGACUCGUACUAUGAGUACCUGAUGAAGGCUUACGUUCUGCUGGGAGACAACGUUUACCUGGAGAGGUUCAACACUCAUUACAGAGCCAUCAUGAAGUACAUCAGCCAGCCUCCGCUGCUGCUCAACGUUCACAUGCACAACCCCACGGUGAGCGUCCGCAGCUGGAUGGACUCCCUACUCGCCUUCUUCCCCGGCCUGCAGGUUCUGAGAGGAGACCUAAAGCCAGCCAUAGAGACCCAUGAGAUGCUCUACCAAGUCACCAAGCAACACAAGUUUCUCCCCGAGGCUUUCACCACUGAGUUCAGAGUUCACUGGGGUCAACACCCUCUGAGGCCAGAGUUUGCAGAAAGCACCUACUACCUCUACAAGGCCACAGGCGACCCCUACUACCUCAGGGUGGGCCAGUCCAUAGUGGAAAAACUCAACGCCCAUGCCAGGGUACCUUGUGGGUUUGCAGCUGUGCAGGACGUCCGCACAGGGGCCCACGAGGACAGGAUGGACUCGUUCUUCCUGGCAGAGAUGUUUAAGUACCUGUACCUUCUGUUCUCUGAGAAGAACCAGCUUCACUUCGACAUCGACGACUACAUCUUCACCACCGAGGCCCACCUGCUGCCUGUCUCCCUGUCCACCUCACAGCCCCCUUGUCGGGGCAACAACACGGAAGCGGCCACUGCCGUUGAGGAAGACCUGUUUACCUACACCUGCCCCAGCACCCAGACCCUUUUCCCCAACAACCCCUCCUUCGCCAAGACCAUAAGGGACAGCUACAAGUAUCUGACUGGGGUGGGCCGGGCCUUCCACGCUUCGCCUGUCAGGGGCAUCGACCUGCCGCUUCACGACCACAGUAUGGAGCCUGUUGAGUUUCUGAGGAGCAUGGGCGUCUCCCUCACCCCACUGAGCGAGGCUGGAACAACAGGGACAUGGGGGGUAAGAAGGGAGGUACAUAAAGGUGUUUACAGGGUGAAACUGGUGGCAGAGGUGACCCAGACCACAGAGGAGGAAGAAGUAGAGCCCCUCCUCGUUCAGCUCAUAUCCCCCCCGUUUCUGGGUAGAACGGUCCUGACUGCAGGACCAGCCAAGUUUGGAAUGGACCUUACCAAGCAGGAGCACGGGGUGAAGGGCAGUAUCGUGAAGACCUCCCCUUACACAGCGUGUGGACCCAUAGAGAAUGCUGAGGAGCUGAGCGGGCACAUUGCCCUGGCACAGCGUGGCGACUGCAUGUUUGCUGCCAAGGCCCACAGGCUACAGGAGGCUGGGGCUAUCGGAGUCAUCUUCAUAGACCACCGGGAGGGGAGUAACAGCGCAGAGACGCCCCUGUUCCAGAUGGUGGGAGACGGAGGGUCCACAGCUGACAUCACCAUCCCCCUGGUGUUCCUAUUCAGCCAGGAGGGGGCGCUGCUCACCUCUGCUCUGGAGGACCACAGCAACGUAGACGUACUGAUGCUGCCCAAAGAGAGACGGCUAGGUAAGACAACAGACAAAGCAGAGAAGCCCCUGGGGAAGAUGAACAUCAAGUUCCGCCUGGCGGAAGAGGGGGAGCUGGAAGACGGGGAGGAGGGAGAGGCCAGAGGCCCCACCCUGCAGUUUGUCCUGGAGAAGGGAGAGGUAGUGUUGGAGGAAGAGGAGUACAAACAGCAAGGAGACAGCUGCCUAACACCUGGAGACGAUCAUAUGCAAUGUUCCUACGGACAAACUGUUACAUCGCCCCCUUCCCACAGCCCCAACGACCCCAAUACAGACCCCUGAUCUCAGAACAGUUAGGUUCCUCAACCACCCUCCCACUGACCAAGGGCCUGGGCUCCCCAGCACUGAUCCCUGGCCAGUGUGCAGAAGCACGUUGCUGUGCCAAAGAGGGCCCUAGUGCACGCUCUGGACGGGACUGCCUCAAGAGGGGACCUUAGCAGUGUGACAGUCAAUCCCACUGACUCACUCACUACCCCUUCUAAAACCUGAGGGUGGUCUCGUACAGUUGAUAGUUAUUGGAACUGCAGUAUGUAUUAAUGUAUAGGAAGGGAUGGGCAUUGGGCAGGUAGCUUGUUAGUCUUACCGUGCUACUGUCGCCUCAGUUGUGUUGUGGAGAUGACACAGAUUUAGUCAGAUGAUUGUAAGAGAGAAUUGAUGACGUACACAUUUCAGAGAAAUAGCUGAGGUAAGCGUGGGAGGGGAUAUUGGGCUGAUAUAGGGACAAUUUUGUCUGAGGCCUUAUGUUUGAGUCUCUGUACUGUAGGCUAGAUUGUAUUGAGCGGCUGCACUGACAAGGGGAUUGCUUUACUGUCCCAUGUAACAAGUUGGUGUCCUGUCAAUUCAGUGGCGUGUGUGUGAGUGAAUUUACAGUGUGGCUAGUAGUGUUAUUUUGAAGAUGAAUAGGUGAGGAAUGGGCUCUCCUGACCAAAAGGAUGUGUUAACACUCACAAGAAUGCUUUUAGAAAAAGGAUAAGGGGCCAUUUUGGGUGAACCGAUGAGUUCAGUUUGAUUUAUUUUGUACUGGUAGUAAUGUAAGAGUGAAAAAGACGUGUGUGUGUGUGUGUGUGCAAUCGUUACUACACUACCAAAUCAAUACCUUAUAUCGACCUUAGUCAUGCAUUUUUCAAAUGUCAGUCGGUUAUGUAAACACAAUAUAUCAGUCCGAAUUCCGCAACAACUAAGAGCAUUGAAGCGCGAGGCUCAAUUUCUCCGCCGUUUUGGGUCCCGUAUAAACCACGUUGUAACAUCAUGAUGUGCAGCUCAUGCGCAGAUACUGUGUGAGGAGGAAGUCUCGCACUGCACUUAACUACAUUUUUGUAGUGCUGCUCGUGGCAACGUCAUGACGCUGAGUCUACCAGCUCUAGGUUGGUACUCUGCCUAUCUUCACCACUGCCACCAGACGGCCUAUAAUGCCAUGCACUUCAGCCCACCGGCAUCUUCCUCCUAGAGCUAUCAUCAUGGUGGGACCAAACAUCCAGGGACUUCUUCCCAAGCAGCUCACAGCACAUCAAACACACCGUCUGUGUUUUGUCUGUUCGGUGUCCUCAUCGCAAACAGCCUUUGUGCGUAUGAUUCUUUGUGUGGAGGGUAAGAACAUCAGACUGUUCGUAUUUUUCUCUUUCUCCAUCUACCAACAACAGUUAAGCAGCAGACAUAACGUUUCUACUUGUAUGAUCAGAUCCAGUCACUCACAUCCGCUUAUUGUAUCAUUCAUUCCUGAGUCUCAAUAUCGAUCUGCCAGGUGUUUUAAUCAUUUUUGCAUGGGUUUUAUAUUUCAUAUAUUUUAAGGUGUAAAAGUGGGUUAUAUUCCCAUUGUCCCUGUGGAAACAUGGGAAUGUUUUGUAUAGAGAAACAGUGUUUUGUCAUGACAGAGUACAUGAUUUCUUCACAGUUAAUGUUUUGUGUAGUUGAUAUCUCGUUGUUGCUGCUCACUUCACUUGAAGUCUUAAUCCACCACGGCCACCUAUAUACAGUAACAGUUUAUUUCAAGGCAAAGUCCAUCUCUAUAUAUGGCCUCUGUGACCAUUACUGUUCACUCAGAGAGGAAAGGGACAUUAAAAAUGAGUUGUCUUUUUAGGUAUUUAUUAUGGACAUUUUGGAAAUGUUGACCGAUAGGGAUAACUGAAGCUCAGUGCCAAAGUGAUUAUUUCUGAUAGCAGUACCAGAUUAUGAUGUACUUUGUCUUUUGAAAGGAGACGCACCUGAUCUUGUCAAUAAAUUAAGAAUAAUGAUCUUA